CGAGCGAAUAGAAAAAAAAACAAUGCGCUGCCAGGAAAACAUAAGCAGCGGAAAACUCGACGAAUACCGAUAAAGUAGACUGAAGGAAAAGCGGAAAAUGGCCAGGAACACGGGCAGCUCCUCGGGCUCCACGCCGGCGUCGGCAGCGGCGGCGGCAGCUGCAGCGGCGUCGAGCGCGAAGCAGAAGCGCGCUCCCCGAUUCAGCUUGUCCUCGAACAUGAUCCUCGACAAGUGGAAGACCAUGAUCGGGUGCGUGUGCCUGGCGAUAGCCUCGUACUUCGGCUACCUGGGCUACCUAGAGACGCGGGUGAAUACGCCGUUCGACCACCAGAAGAUGGUGGUGCGCGCUGGGUUGGAGCAGCCGGACCGCUACUGGGGCUCCUACCGGCCGCUGAACUACUUUGGGAUGAAGACGCGCGACCCGCACUCGCUGGUCAUGGGUCUGAUGUGGUAUACGCCGAGCAACCUGGGCCCCGGCGGUCAGGGCAUCCGCCAUUGGUGCGAGCAGGGCGACAAGCUAGAUUCCUACGGCUGGACGCACCACGACGGCCGGACCUUCGGCGUGCAGGAGAUCCAGGACCUGCCCUUCGAACUAAAGACAUCGUUUGUAAAAUACCCGGAGGGCAAGCAGUAUGGCGGCGACUGGACGGCCCGCAUCUCGGUGAGGAACACCACGCGCGCCUGGGACAAGAGCAUCUCGCUGGUCUGGUACGUGGCCCUGGACGAGCGCACCAAUGGGCACAUCAAGUACGUGUCGGACGACAAGAGCCCAGAGCCUGGUGUCUACGGGGAGACGCAGGGCCUCGGCGAGUUCCAGGUGCGCUUCCACGCCGUCAAGGGCAAGAUCCUGCACAAGUCCUACCUCAGCACGGUGGCUCCUUCGCUCAGCAAGCUGAAGGACACGCUCUUCUCGCACUUUCGCGCCUUCGCCGACAAGCGGGGCAACCGCUUCAUCGGCUUGCCCGGUGAAAUAGUCUCCCAGAACGGGCUGCCCUCCUCCAAUCCGGAGCCCAACUUCAUCGCCAUUCAGAUCACGGCGGAGGUGGACUUCACCCUGGACAUCACGUACCAGUCCACGUCCGGUUUCUCGCUGGGCGAGUCCAUACCCAAGCCGCCCACCGGCAGAGCCUAUCAGGAGUCGCUGCAGGCGAAGAUCGCCCAGUUUGAGCAGCGCUUCGAGGAGCGUUUCCAGCUGAAGAAGAAGGGCCACUCGCCGGAGGAGGUGCGGUUCGCGCGGAACGCCUUCAGCAACACGCUCGGCGGCAUCGGCUACUUCUACGGCUCCAGUCGCGUCCAGUCGGUGCACACCAAGAACCCGGUGCCCUACUGGAAGGCACCGCUCUACACGGCCGUGCCGUCGCGCAGCUUCUUUCCGCGCGGCUUCCUCUGGGACGAGGGCUUCCACGGGCUGCUGAUCAGCGCCUGGGACGUGGACAUCGAGCUGGACAUUUUGUGCCACUGGUUCGACCUGCUCAACGUGGAGGGCUGGAUACCCAGGGAGCAGAUCCUGGGCGUCGAGGCGCUGGCCAAGGUGCCCGAGGAGUUCGUCACGCAGCGCAACAGCAACGCGAAUCCCCCCACCUUCUUUCUCACGCUCCGGAAACUGCUGACCAGCCAUCGGGCCGAGUUGUCCCAGAACGGACGCCUGGCCACGCUGGAGCGGCUCUAUCCGCGCAUCCAGGCUUGGUUCAACUGGUACAACACCACGCAGAAGGGUGAGGUGCUGGGCACCUACUUGUGGCGCGGGAGGAACGCCACUGCCACGCGGGAGCUGAACCCGAAGAGUCUGUCCUCCGGCCUGGACGACUAUCCCCGGGCCUCCCAUCCCACGGACAAGGAGCGCCACCUGGACCUGCGCUGCUGGAUCGCCCUGGCGGCCAGCGUGAUGGCCGAGCUGUCGACGCUGCUGGGAAAGGACGACGUCAAGUACUACGAGACGGCCUCCUUCCUCACGGACAACGAGCAGCUGAACCGCCUGCACCUGGCGCCGUACAGCGAGCAGUACGCCGACUGGGGCCUGCACACCGACCAGGUGAAGCUGAAGCGGCCGCCCAGCCUGGCGCCGCAGCAGCAGCAGCGCCACCACCACCAGCAGCACCAGCUGCCCGAGAUGCGGCGCGUGACCGGCGAGGAGCCGCGCUACCAGUUCGUGGACAGCACCUUCGGCUACGUCAGCCUGUUCCCGCUGCUGCUGGAGCAGCUCGACCACGACUCGCCGUACCUCAGCAAGCUGCUGCACGACCUCCGCGAUCCCGAGCAGCUGUGGACGAACUACGGGCUGCGCUCGCUCUCCAAGCGCUCGCCGCUGUACAUGAAGCGCAACACCGAGCACGAUCCGCCGUACUGGCGCGGCCCCAUCUGGAUAAACAUCAACUACCUGGCCGCCAAGGCGCUGUAUCACUACGGCAAGAUCGAGGGCCCGAAUGCGGCGCUGGCGCGCGAGAUCUACGCCGAGCUGCGCGACAACCUGGUGGGCAACAUCUUCCGACAGUACCAGCGGAGCGGCUACCUGUGGGAGCAGUACGACGACACCACCGGCGAGGGCAAGGGCUGUAAUCCCUUCACCGGCUGGACGGCCACCGUCGUCCUCCUGAUGGCCGAGCAGUUCUAGACGCGAUCGGCGGCCCGACGCCGAGUAAAAUCUGCUGUGAGUUCCUCGCUGAACAUCCCUCUGACCGGAUUCCUGAAAUGAUCUAUGUGUUUGUGUUUAGGAUAGGUGACUCUUCUUCGACCCAAGAAUCGGAAAAGCCUACGUUACGUUAAUAACUCAAGCUUAAACCAGCCAAACAAAUAAAUGUACUUCAAAUUUUACAACCUGAACAUCUUCAAAUGUAAAAUCUUUGGCAUUCGAACAAGUGAUCUUUAGUUAAGGAGAAUACAUUUGGCAUAAUGCGAGCUUCGCUUAUCUUUUUUUUGAAUAGGUACUUAGUGGCCAGUAAUACUUACAUGCUGCACUCCUUUUAUAUUACAAUAGAUCUUUGGCGAUUCUGCGUUGAAGAGGAAAGGCCACUCAUCCUUACUAUAAUUGUGUGUAGUCCUUAGAAACACCAGUCUCCAGUUGCUGUACAAUACUUAAGAAACUUUGACAAACGAACCGAGUGAAAAUUACUGUCAUUUAGCGUUAAAUAGACGAAUUUUAAAACUAUAACAAAUAUAUAUAAAGACAAAACCAAA